AUGGCUCUCGACGUGCAGCGUUUCCUGCUCCCCCUGCUUCUUCUGGGUGCUAACGUGUUCAUCUGCAUCUAUGCUCAAGAGAAUGGUGUGUCCGAGACAUGGACCAGCAGGUCUUGCAAAUGUGACUGUGAAGGAGGAGAAACCCCCACUGAGUUCUCCUCCAUCGCGUCGGGCUCCUCCAUGGUGCGAGGAGUCGACUGCAUGCCAGAGUGUCCGUACCACAAACCUCUGGGCUUCGAGGCCGGGUCGGUGAAUCCAGACCAGAUCAGCUGCUCCAACGAGGACCAGUACACCGGCUGGUUCUCCUCAUGGCUCCCCAGCAAGGCCCGGCUCAACACCCAGGGUUUCGGGUGCGCCUGGCUCUCCAAGUUCCAGGACACCAAUCAGUGGCUGCAGAUCGACCUGACGGAGGUGAAGGUGGUGUCAGGGAUCCUGACUCAGGGCCGCUGUGACGCCGAUGAGUGGAUCACCAAGUACAGCGUUCAGUACCGCACGGACGAGAAGCUCAACUGGAUCUACUACAAGGACCAGACUGGGAACAACAGGGUGUUUUAUGGAAACUCCGACCGCUCCUCGUCUGUGCAGAACCUUCUGCGGCCGCCCAUUGUGGCGCGCUACCUUCGCAUCAUCCCUCUCGGGUGGCACACACGCAUUGCUCUGCGCCUGGAGCUGCUCCUCUGCAUGAACAAAUGCAUGUGA